CCCGCCAUGCAGCCGCGUUCGCGCGGGAAGCUCCUAGGGUUACCGCCUCCUUUCGCGCCAAUCUCUGGUAUAUGUACCCCUCUGUGGCGUCGCAGCCCUCUUUCGUCCCUUCAUCUUUCUCUCUUCAUUUCUUUCUGUCGGUGAGAGCAGGUGAUGUUUUGUGCUAUUUCCUUCUUCAUUUUCGGGAUGUGCAAGAUCUGUGGUCGCUCCUAACAUUUUUUGUGUUUCCCCUUUCCUUCGAUCUGUUGGAAUCUGGUUAGGGUUCGUGGUUAUCUCGGUUAGGGUUCUUGACCAAAAAGCGCAGGUAACCUCAAAUCCGCCCUAGAUCUUGUGAUUCCCUGUGGAUUAGUGUUGAAACUUUGCAUAUGAUUCAUGUCCCUUACUGAAGUUUCAUUUUAUUAUCUGAGCACAUGUCUUAGUCAUUGAUGUUUCAUUAUGUUAUCUGAGCACAUAUCUUAGUCAUUGAUGUUUCAUUUUGUUAUGUGAGAACAUGUUCUGAGCCAUGCAUUUUCCAUUCUUGCUAUGUAUUAGAUGGAACCUAUGGAUCAGAGAACACUGCUUGUCAAUCAAGCGGCUGCUUUUGUUGCUGUUAUUUAUGCAUACUUCAUGAGUAGGCUUAGGGUGGCACAAGCUACGCGUCCUCAAAUCACAUACGGCCCAUUAAGUGCUAUGGAUGAGGAAAGGCAAGCAAACCUGAACAAAAUUUACAAUUGCAAUGAUGUAGAAUGUAUUAGCAUGCUGCGCAUGCGUAGAGCUCCAUUCUUCAACUUGUGUAACCUGUUUAGGGAUAGAAACUUGCUAAGGGACACCAUACACAGUUCUAUAGAAGAGCAAGUGGCAAUGUUUCUUCAUGUAGUAGGCCACAACCAAAGAUUUAGGGUCAUUCACCAAACAUUUAGGAGGUCCAUGGAGACAAUUUGUAGGUACUUUAGGGAGGUUUUGUAUGCAACUGGUGAACUAAGGCAGGAGAUGAUAAGACCACCAUCACUUGAAACAGCUAGUAAAAUCAGGACCAGCCCAAGGUGGUACCCAUAUUUUAAGGUAAAAACAUAACAACUAAUCAACUAAAGUGACAUUUUGGAAUAUACAAAUGGUGAUGACAGUUGUUGGUAUGAUGUAGGACUGCAUUGGUGCAAUAGAUGGAACCCAUGUUCAUGCUAGGGUUCCAACAAAGAUUUCUGCAGCAUUUAGGGGUAGGAAGCAUUAUCCUACCCAAAAUGUACUUGCUGCAGUAGACUUUGAUCUGAAGUUCACAUAUGUUCUUGCUGGCUGGGAGGGCUCUGCACAUGAUGCCCUCAUUCUGGCUGAUGCUUUAGAAAGGGAUGAUGGGUUAAGGGUUCCUCCAGGGAAAUUUUACCUAGUGGACGCCGGUUAUGCUUGCCGACCAGGAUUUCUCCCCCCUUACAGAGCCACUAGAUACCACUUGAAAGAAUAUGGUGGAAGGAAUUAUCCUACCAAUGCUAGAGAGUUGUUCAACUUGAGGCAUUCUAGCCUGAGAGUGACUGUUGAGAGGGCUUUUGGCGCGUUAAAGAAUCGAUUCCGUAUUCUAGAUAACAAACCAUUCCAUCCUUACAAGACCCAGGUGCAAUUAGUGCUUGCAUGUUGUAUUCUUCAUAAUUGGAUUCUUGAUCAUGGACAAGAUGAGGUGUUUCCUGACGAAUCUACAUGGGAACCCAAUUGUAAUACCAGUUCACAUCUUGAUGGUACUGAUGUGGUAGACAAUGUAGCUUGGGGUAAUAAGAGGGAUGAAAUGGCCAACCUGAUGUGGACCAAUAGGGGCAACUCCCAUGUUUAGUUGAUGUCAACCUUGUAACUUUGUAUUGUUUUGUAACCUUAAAGACAUGUGUUUAAUAACCUAAGACUAAAGACAUGUGCAAUGAUGAAUUAUGUGUUGAAUAUACUGAGACUAAAGACAUGUGCAAUGAUGAUUGUAUUUUAAAUCUGAAGCAAUGGAGUUUUCCAAUCUGUGAUGAUCUCCUUGCAUUUUUUACAUCUGAGGCAAUGGACUUACACUAUCUAUGAUGAUCUCCUUGCAUUUUUUACAUCUGAGGCAAUGGACUUACACUAUCUGUGAUGAUCUCCUUGCAUUUUUUACAUCUGAGGCAAUGGAGUUUUCCUAUCUGCGCUGAUCUGCUUCUAAUAUGAGGCAAUGGAUUUUUCCUAUCUAUGAUUGUGUUCCUAACUGAGGCAAUGAUUGAAUAACCUAAUUAGGGGAUGGCCGAGGACAGUGUUCAAGUAAUUGGGGAGGUGCAGGAAGUGGUGGAAGUGCAUGCUGGUACUGAUCAGCGUGGCAGGGGUGCAAUGAGGUGGACUAGUGUUAUGUCUGCCUUUGUGCUCCGCCGUAUGUGCCAGCUGAUCUCAAGUGGUGUUAGAACAGACAAAGGGUUUAAGGAGGUCCACCUGAACCAGGUUGCCAAGGCUCUACAAGAGUUUAUUGGCAGUGAGGUGACCGGUACUCAGGUGUACAACCACUUACGUAAAUGGAGACAGAGGUGGAUGAGGGUGGCAAAAUUAAGAGAGUUGAGUGGUGCCAAUUGGGAUGAAGACUUAUGCAUGAUAAGUCUGGAGGAUGAGCACUACAAUGGCCACAUUAAGGCCCACCCUAAGGAUGCUGAGUUCUUAAACAAGCCUAUAGAAAACUAUAAGGAGAUGAUGACUAUAUUUGGGACAGGAUUAGCAACUGGGAAGUAUGCUAUGGGUUCAAAUGAAGCUUUAGGAUCUCCAUGCGAGGUUGCUACUAGCUCUGUUAAGACUGAUUCCCUUGAUGAAGACAAGAGUGGUAAGUCAGUUAAGACUGAUUCCCUUGGUGAGGCAACAAAGGAUAUGAAAGAAGGUAGUAGUGGUGUAGGCAAUAAGAGGAAGAGGGGUGUGCUCACUGAUGAGGACACUCUGAUGUUGUCUAAAAUGACAGAUGCUGUCAAGGAUGUGGCAGCUGCUAUUCGUGAGACCAAAGUGGAGGUGAUUAAUCCUGACCUAUAUGUUGCAGUGAUGUAUAUGCCUGGAUUUAGUGAGGAAGCUUUAAUUUGUGCUUUCUCUCAUCUGGUGGACAACAAGGCGCAGGGGGAUGCUUUUGUCCACAUGACUGACUCCCAUCGUGUCCUGUGGCUAAGGACAUGGCUAGCCAAGAACUACUUCCUGUAGAUGCAUAUUAUGCUAACUGACUGAUCAUUCUUUUGGGUAGCCAAACAUAUACCAUGAGAGGUUUUGCUUUUGCUGUGAGACAACUUGCUUGUCUGUAAGGUCACUAAUUAAAGAUGUAAUAAUAUUUGCAGGAGGUGUUGUAAUAUUAGUUCAAGCUUUAAUCAUUACAAUUUUAGUUUCCAAAUUGAUGUAAUAAUGGUUACAUUAGCUGUUUUAUCCCCUCUUGGUCUGUGGUGGUAACCUUACCAAUGUAUGCAAGAGGUGACUUUAACAA